AAACCAUUCUUACAACAUGCCGGAGAAAAAUCGCCGUUUCAUGGAUCUCACGGCCACAUUCUUCACGGCCAUCGUGUUUCUCACAUCUCCGGUUAUAAUCAACGCCGCACGUUCUCAAGUCGAAAAGCUCAACGACGAUCCCAUUAAGUGCACACCUUGUAUCCAAAAUCCACCGCCACCACCUCCUCCUCCUCCUCCUUCUUGUCCCUCGCCGCCUCCACCAUCUCCGCCACCUCCGCCACCUCCUUCUUCACCACCGCCUCCAAAAAUGUCCUACUGCCCACCGCCACCAAAGCAGGAGGUCUACUUUUCGCCGCCGCCACCUCCCCCUACUUACGUAUACGCGUCUCCUCCACCGGGAGACUUGUACCCCGUUGACCAUGACUUCGGAGGAGCGGCUGCUGGAGAGAUGUUCACCACCGUUAAGCUGAUUGCGCUUCUAGUUAUCGGUUUCAUGGUUUAUUGAAAAUCAAGAGUGAUUCCUAGGAUUGUGGAAUAUCCCGAUUUUAUUGUUUUUAUUUAAUUUAAUUUUCGAACUUUACUCAAUUUUCAAAUGAAUAUUUGUUUCGUUUAACGUAAGGGGAAUGUUAUAGCU